ACUUCCAUCCCCUCAAACAAAGAAAAACAAAGUAAUCAAAUCAAAGAAAUAUGUCCUUCUCCAACCUCAUCUCCUCCGCCCUCGAACAAGCCACCUCCGGCUCCCACUCCUCCUCCGGAGGAGGCUACGGCGGAGGCAGCAGCUACGACCCCGAAUUCUCCUCCGCCCAACACCACGCACAAUCUCACGAAUCCUCCUCCGACAGUUCUCUCUUCUCCUCCGCCCUCGGCUUCCUCUCCGACCGCAAGAGCCAGUACGCCGAGCAACCGGACAUCGACGAGGAGCAUCUCGUGCAGUCGCACCAGCGGCUUUACAACAACGGCGGUGGUGAGCAGCAGCAGCAACAUGAUAGCAGCAGCUUGGGUGCCGGCGCUGCGAUGCAGGCGCUGAAGAUGUUUACCUCUGGUGGUGGUGGUAGCAGCGGUGGGGAUAAGAAUGAGUUUAUUGGCAUGGCGAUGGCGCAGGCGAGUAAGCUUUGGGAGGAGAAGGCUGGAUCUGGCAGUGUUGUAAGUUUAUUUUAUCCCCUUUGUUAUGGUUUGAUGUUGGUUGGGGGGGGAAGGGUGUAUAGGGUAUAGGCUAACUGGUGUGUGUGUUUUGGGCAGUCUGGUGAUAAGCAGUCGGCUGUUAACUCGGCUGCGGAGAUGGCGUUUAAGAUGUAUAUGAAGAGUCAGGGCAGUGGGUCGAGUGGUACGGGUGGUCCGGGGGCGUUGAUGAGUUUGGCG